AAAGCCAACGACUAUGGACAUGGGCUUAAUUGAAAGUUGAAACAAUCUUAAUGCUACUCUGGAAUUCCAAAGGGAAAAUUGCACUUUUGAGAAGGGCCAUACCUGUGUAUUGUGUCAGGCCAAAUUGAACUCAACCCUUCAAGCUUUCACAGUUUUCAAUUUUGUGAUUCAAACUUGAAGCGCAAAAUGUCUUUUUUGACUGAAACUUGAAUGAGACAUUUUAGUCGCAAUUUACCAUUUCUAUUUCGAUAUAAUCCUACGUUGUCUUGCAAGUUGCAAUGAACAUUUUGUACAUUCUCCCGCCAGUUUGCGAUGAUCAAAUGCCUUUCCCUUUCAAUCCAGGCCGUCCUUUUUAAAAGACGGUUAUCCUUUCUAACCACUCCCUCCAUAACUAGACCUCGCGGUUCACUUCCAACACGAGAAUCUGCAGCUCGUUCUGCCUGUUCACAAUUAACCCAUAAGUUUAUCUCCAGUGAACUGAAACACUCAGCAAAAUUCAAUCUUUUUCAUCAAGGGAAACAGCUGCAUGGCCAAAUUAUAAAACUGGGAUAUCAGAAUAUGCUGCCAUUACAAAAUCUGCUCUUAAAUUUUUAUCUCAAUUGCAAAUGUGUAUCCAAUGCUCAUCAGGUAUUCGGUGAAAUGAUUGUUAGAAACAUAAUCACCUGGAAUACAAUGAUAUGUGGCAUUGCAACCGAGUUUAGCUAUUUCAAAUCAAAUUUUGAUCUAGGUAUUUGUUACUUUGGCAGAAUGUUGACGGGAGAAGUCAGACCAGAUUGGAUUACGUUCAGGGGUCUAUUUCGUUUGUGUGUAGAUACUAAUAACGUUGAGAUGAGUCAAGUGUUGCAUUGCUUUGUAAUGAAGUUGGGCCUGUGUGAUGAUCUUUUUUUAAGAAGUGCUCUUGUAGAUAUGUAUGGAAAACUUAGGCUUGUUGAAGAGGCUAGGCAUGUUUUCAUUUUUAUUAAACAGAAAGACUUGGUGCUUUGGAAUACGUUAGUUUCCUGCUAUGUACUUAAUUCUUUUGAGGAUGAGGCACUGAGACUGUACAAAGUAAUGAGGUCUGAGGGGUUAACAGGUGACGAGUUUACAUUCACAAGUUUGCUUAAUUCUUGCGCUAGUUUUGGAAAUUGUCAAUUGGGCAGGGGCAUCCAUGGGACUCUAGUUAAACUUAGCUUUGAUUUGGAUGUUCUGGUGGCUAGUUCACUUGUUGAUAUGUAUGCAAAGAAUGAAAGUUUAGUUGAUGCUCGAAAGGUUUUUGAUAUGAUGAUCUCAAAAAAUGUGGUUUCUUGGAACACUAUGAUUGUUGGUUAUGGACAAUAUGGUGAUGGGGUUCAGGCUAUGAAACUUGUUAACAAAAUGUUUCAGGAAGAUUUCCAUCCGGAUGAGCUGACUUUGGCUAGCGUCUUCAUUUCAUGUGGUAUAUUAGCCAUGGUUGGUGAAAUCACACAACUUCAUGCAUAUACUGUAAAGAAUGGUUUGUCAUCUUUAACAUCAAUUGCUAAUGCAAUGAUUAGUGGAUACUCCAAGUGUGGUAGCAUUGUUUCUGCCUUGCAAGCUUUUAGGUCAAUUUUAGAGCCUGACCUUGUCUCAUGGACAUCUAUGAUUGGAGCCUAUGGAUUCCAUGGUUUUCCACAUGAAGCUACUGAACUUUUUAAGAGGAUGUUAUCUAAUGGUGUGAAGCCAGAUCGAAUUGCAUUUCUUGAGGUUCUGUCCUCCUGUGGCCAUGGUGGAUUGGUCAAUGAGGGGUUACGGUACUUUGCUCUGAUGACUGAUGUCUAUAAACUAGUUCCAGAUCCAGAGCAUUAUGCUUGUCUUGUUGAUCUUCUUGGAAGAGUUGGGCUUUUGAAGGAGGCUUUUGAUGUUUUGACCUCAAUACCAGUGGAACAUUGUUCGGAUGCUAUGGGGGCCUUCCUUGGUGCUUGUAAGGUACAUGGGAACCUAGGAUUAGCAGAAUGGGCAGCUGAAAAGCUGUUUACUUUGGAGCCAAAAAGGGCUGUAAAUUAUACUCUCCUGUCAAACAUGUAUGCUUCAAAUGGAGCCUGGUCUGAUGUAGCCACAAUUCGUAGAUUGAUGAGGGAGAUGUGUUAUCCUAAAGCUCCUGGUUGUAGCUGGAUGGAGAUUGCCGGGAAGGUAUAUUCAUUUGUCUCAGGUGACAAGUCCCACCCGCAUGCUAGAAUGGUUUAUUCCAUAUUGGGACAUCUUUAUGAGCUAAUGAAAGUAGAAGUGAAAGAAUCCACAGAGAUCUUCAAUUCGUUGUUCUUAAAUUGAAGCAUUCUGCUGAUUUUGUGCCAUUGUUGAGAAUAAGUAGUUGAAAAGUGACUGUCCAUUGGAGAUUGGUUUAUAUCUACCAGUACAAACAAAAGAAUUUGCAGGAUUUAUAAGGUAAAGAAAGCUCUAUCUUAGAACCGCUAACAGAGCCUGCAAGUCAGAAGCUUGAAACCAUUUCUGGUUAACUAAAUUCCAUCACCAUGUUAUAACGUGCAGUUUUCAUAGUGUUGGAUCACUUUUUAUGCUCGAGGGUGCAUGAACUAUCACUUUUUUCUUCCAUAUUCUUUACACAUUCGUCUUAUUUUGUCAUAUUGGAAUCAUUUAUUCUUCUGACUUUCUAUGCAACUUCCAGUUCAUCUUUUUUCAUUUUUUGUACCUUCCAUUAUGUCUGCUGACUUUCUUGUGCUUAAC